GCCCUCCAAAUGCAAAACGCGCAAGAACACUGGAUUCCAAAAUUGAAGCAAGAAUAAAAAGAUACAAAGAGGAACUGGAAGCAAACGUUUCGGCUUAUUAUACUGCUCAAACGCCCUCUCUGCAGAUUCUUCGCAUCUCUGGAUCUCCAUAGCUGAACCUGAGUACCCAAACCGGUUAUUUCUCUUUGUUUGAGUUUUGGACCAGAUCGAAGAAUUGUCCCUUUUUUGCCGGGCCAAUUCCUCGAAUCGUAUCGAUGUUUGGUGAAUUCAUGGCCCCAGGAAAAUCUUGAGGAUUAUAUGAUUAUUUGAUUCGCAUAUCGAGAUAUUUUGUUUUGACGACAAGAUCUUGUUGAAUUUUGGUUGUGGCAGUGGAGAUCUAAUUCUGUAAAGCAUGUACUCCAUAAAUUGUUAAAAGAAACUAUAGUCUGUGGGGCGUGACUUUCUAAUGGUGGUUGAUUUCAACUUUCCAAAUAUACAAUUUUAAUACUUCUUGAAACUUCGAGACUUCGGCAAAUGAAGAACGGGAUGAUAGAAUGCAGUGUCUGCCACGCCAAAUUGGUCUCCCCAACCACAAGGACCGUGUCAAGGGCAUAUGACCGGCACAGGAGCAAGAUAUCAUCAAAGUACCGUGCCCUCAAUGUCUUUUUGGUUGUUGGGGAUUGCAUCUUGGUCGGUCUACAGCCUAUUUUGGUUUAUAUGUCUAAAGUGGAUGGAAGUUUCAAGUUUAGUCCUAUCAGUGUUAACUUUUUAACAGAGGCUGCAAAGGUUUUAUUUGCAAUCAUUAUGCUCUUGUUUCAGGCAAGGCAUCAGAAGGUCGGAGAGAAACCUCUUCUCUCAGUUUCUACAUUUGUGCAGGCAGCUCGCAACAAUGUUCUUCUUGCUGUCCCUGCUCUUCUAUAUGCUAUCAACAACUAUCUAAAGUUCAUCAUGCAGCUCUAUUUUAAUCCUGCAACUGUGAAGAUGCUGAGCAACCUUAAGGUUUUGGUAAUUGCUGUUCUGUUAAAGAUAAUUAUGAGGCGGAGAUUUUCCGUAAUUCAGUGGGAGGCCCUGGCUCUGUUGCUUAUUGGAAUUAGUGUUAACCAGCUGCGGUCACUACCUGAGGGUAGAACUGCUAUGGGUCUUCCAGUUGCAACAGGCGUAUAUCUAUACACAUUGAUCUUUGUGACUGUUCCAUCUUUGGCCUCAGUUUACAAUGAAUAUGCAUUGAAGAGUCAGUUCGAGACAAGCAUUUAUCUUCAGAAUCUAUUUUUAUAUGGAUAUGGUGCUAUAUUCAAUUUCCUAGCAAUUCUUGGAACUGCUAUUUUUAAAGGUCCAAGUAGUCUUGAUAUCUUGCAAGGACAUUCAAAGGCAACUAUGUUUUUAAUAUGCAAUAAUGCAGCACAAGGAAUUUUGUCCUCAUUUUUCUUUAAAUAUGCAGAUACAAUUUUAAAGAAAUAUUCGUCAACUGUUGCCACAAUUUUUACAGGCAUAGCAUCUGCUGCUUUAUUUGGCCAUACUCUGACUAUGAAUUUUAUUUUAGGAAUCUCUAUUGUGUUUAUCUCAAUGCACCAGUUCUUUUCACCUCUUUCAAAAGUAAAGGAUGAGCCGCAAAAUGGAAAUCUGGAAAUUGUGGACAUCCAAAAUCACAGGUCAAAGGAUUCAUCCUUCUUAAAUAUGGCAGCAGGAGCAAAUGAGGAUGCUAGUCAUCGUAUUGGAUCUAAUGAGAAGGAACCACUUCUUCCUGCCUAGAUCAAUUCUAAGGGAUGAUUUUAAAGGAGAUUCUUUUGGCUGGACUUAUUGAACGGUAUAGGGGAUAAGCCAGUUCUUGUUAGAUUCAAUAAAGUAUGAUACUGUAAAAGAAAAUUCUUUUUCUUUUCUCGGGUCCCUUUCCCCAUUUGGGAUCCCUAUCUUGUGGUUUGUAUCCUCUGGAGAAAGAAUUGCGGGCGAAGGGGCCACCAAACUCCUUGGGGUAAGAGAGAAUCACUCGAGAGUUGCUGUAUGGAGGUGUCUAAUUGCAAAAGGGCAACAAAUCUCUGCUUUCAUCAUCCAUUGAACGAUGUGGUGAUAGUAGUGUCAUCUGUAUUUUUCAUCUUAACUAUAUAUAACUAAUCAAAUUCUUUUUCACUUUUAA